GUCAUCACCGAGCGCCGGACUGCUCGAGCGUGUGUGUGUGUGUUCAGUGUGUGUGAGUGUGUUUACAGAGGAACAGACCUGAAGUGUGGAGUUUAACUGAGAGAGAUGGAUCUGCAGGUGUCUGUGGUGCUGCAGGUUCUGUCUCAGGCGAGCAGUCAGGACUCGGCUCUCCUCAAACCUGCAGAGGAACAACUGAGACACUGGGAGACCCAGCCGGGGUUCUACUCCAUACUACAGAGUAUCUUUAAUAACCAUGUGCUGGAUGUGAACGUGCGCUGGCUCGCCGUGCUCUACUUCAAAAACGGCAUCGACCGCUACUGGAGGAGGGGCGCGCCCAAUGCGAUCUCAGACGAGGAGAAAACGUCUCUGCGUGCAGGACUCAUCACCAACUUCAAUGAGCCUGUCCAUCAGAUUGCGACUCAGAUUGCGGUGCUGAUAGCGAAGGUGGCGAGGUUGGACUGUCCCCGUCAGUGGCCUGAGCUCGUCCCCGUCCUGCUGGAGGCCAUUAAACACCCAGACGAGCUCCAUCAGCACCGCGCGCUGCUCACACUCACACACGUCAUCAAAACACUCGCCUCCAAAUGCCUCAGCACAGACCGCGCACUAUUCCAACAUUUGGCCUCCAGCAUAUACAGCUUCGCCUGCUCCCUGUGGAAUCAUCACACAGACGCGUUUCUGCUGAAGAUACAGACUGGAGAUCCACACACAGCUCUCAGUGCGCUGGAACACACACUGCUGUCUCUGAAGGUUCUGCGUAAGUUGACAGUAAAUGGAUUUGUGGAACCUCAUCAGAACCUGGAGGUAAUGGGUUUUCUCAGCGCGGUGUUCGACAGGUUACGGCAGUUCUUACAGUGCUGUGGGUGUGUGCAGGCAGAUCACGCCUGCAGAGAGAAACUGGAGAAGAUCACCAUCCUCUACACAAAAGUGUUGCUGGACUUCCUGGAGACACACCCGCUCUCGUUCAUCCCCCUGAUCCAGCGCUGUCUGGAGUUCUGUGUGCUGUUCGUGUUCACCGAGCGCGGCGACGGUCUCGUGUUCGAGCGCUUCAUCGUCCAGUGCAUGAACCUCCUCAAGAUGAUCAUCAAGAACGAGGCCUACAGACUGGCCAAGAACCCUGAGGACAGUAAAGCGGAGAGUCUGGAGGCUGACAGGAUAAAGUCUACGUUCUUCACACACUCCACUCUGACUGAGAUCUGUAAACGACUCGUCUCCAAGUACUUCCUCUUAACACAGGAAGAGCUCACCAUGUGGGAGGAGGACCCCGAGAGCUUCGCUGUCGAGGAGACGGGAGGGGAUUCAUGGAAAUACAGUUUACGGCCGUGUACAGAGGUUUUGUUCCUGGACCUUUUCCACAACUACAGUGAGACCCUGACUCCAGUGCUGCUGGACAUGGUGCACUCAAUACAGGGUCUCAGUAAUGUAGAUGAUCCAGCACAGAUGCUGAUGAAGGAUUCAGUGUAUAACGCGGUGGGCUUGGCGGCGUACGAGUUGUUCGACAGUGUGGAUUUUGAUCAGUGGUUUAAUAAUCAGCUGCUGAUGGAACUUCAGUUUAACCACAGCAGGUAUAAGGUGAUUAGGAGGCGUGUGAUCUGGUUGGUCGGUCAGUGGAUCUCAGUGAAGUUUAAACAGGAGUUGCGCCCCCUGCUGUACGAAAUCAUUCUCAGCCUCCUGCAGGAUCCGGAUCUAGUGGUUCGUAUUGAGACGGCGACAACACUGAAGCUCACAGUUGAUGACUUUGAGUUCAGAACAGAGCAGUUCCUUCCAUAUGUGGAGUCGAUCUUCGCGCUGCUGUUCCAGAUGUUACAGCAGGUGACUGAGUGUGACAGUAAGAUGCAGAUCCUCCACGUCAUCUCCUGUGUCAUAGAGAGGGUGGGCAUGCAGAUCCGUCCCUACAUAGGUUGCCUAGUUCAGUAUCUCCCUUUGCUGUGGAAACAGUCUGAAGAACACAACAUGCUGCGCUGCGCCAUCCUCACUACACUCAUCCACCUCGUAAAGGGCCUGGGUGCAGAUAGCAGGAACCUGUAUCCAUUUCUGCUUCCUGUUAUCCAGCUGAGCUGCGACGUGUCCCAACCCCCACACGUCUACCUGCUGGAGGACGGACUGGAGCUGUGGUUGGUGACAUUAGAGAACAGUCCUGCUCUCACUCCGGAGCUGCUCAGGAUUUUCCAGAACAUGUCUGCUCUGCUCGAGAUGAGUACAGAGAACGUGCUGACGUGUUUUCAGAUCAUCAACUCCUACAUCUACCUCUCAGCUACUGACUUCCUGCAGAGUUUUGGUGAAGGUCUCUGCAGGUCUUUCUGUGAUUUCCUCAAGGACAUUACAGCUGAGGGACAGGUGCAAGUCCUCAAGGUGGUGGAGAUCGCCCUGAAAGUGAGUCCAGGUCUGGCGUCUCACAUGUUCCAGCCUCUACUGCCCCCUGUGUUCAGAGGAGUGAUAGAGGGAGAGAGGUACCCUGUGGUGAUGUCGACAUAUCUAGGUAUAAUUGGUCGAAUCCUCCUGCAAAACUCCAGCUUCUUCUCUUCACUGCUGUCUCAGAUGGCCAUGGAGUUUAACCAGGAGCCGGAGCAGCUGUUGGGGAGCCUGAUAGAGAUGUGGGUGGAGAGGAUGGACAACAUCACGCAGCCUGAGAGGAGGAAACUGUCGGCUUUAGCUCUGCUCUCGCUCUUACCCUCAGACAACACUGUUGUACAGGAGAAGUUCUGUGGGACGGUGAAUAUCUGUGUCGAGUCACUACACGAUGUGAUGACUGAAGAUCCAGAGACCGGGACCUUCAGAGACUGUAUGCUGGUGAGUGGGGUGGAGGAGCCGAAGUUCUCGGAUGAUGACGAACCCCCCACUGAACAGGACAAGAGGAGGAAACUGCUGGCUCUGGAGGACCCGGUACACACAGUGUCUCUGCAGCAGUGUGUGUAUGAGAAGCUGAAGCUGCAGCAGGGGCUGAUGGGAGAUCAGGGCUUCCAGUCUCUCAUGGAGACGGUGGACAUGGAGGUCGUCCACCAGCUGCAGGAGUUCCUACACGGACUGUAACCACGGCAACGACACACCUGCACCGCACACGCACAGAGCGUCACUUACACUGUUACCAUAGUAACGUCAAGUAAACAACAAACGCAAAGUAAAGAUCAAACUACACAUAACAUCACACCGUGCCAAAUAUAUCUCUCUUUCUCUCACACACACACACACACACACACACACACACACACACACACACACACACACACACACAGGAGCCACAGCACAGCGUUUACAUGCAGAGUUACCCCCCCCCCCCCCUCACUUCAUGCGGGAUGUUUAUUUUGGAUGAUGUUGAUCACAAGUGAUAAUGUUACUAACGUACAUAUUGUUGUGUUUUUUUAAUUCAGUUUGAUUAAUGAUCGAGUGAACGAUAAGAGUGUGUUAAUUAACUGCAUUAAUGUCUACAUCAUCCUUUAUUCUCUCUCACUCUCUCUGAACUUGUGCUUUUAUUUUUAAUUCAGUUUAAUAAAAUCAUCUGAUUUCACUUUAA